CCAUAACGGAACCUGCGAAAACGCUGAACACGCCUUAACCUUCCCCUGUCUGUCUACUCACCACUGUGAGGCUUUCUUUGAAAGGAUUGAAAGUAUAUGAAUAAUCGUAAUUAGCAAGAUUAUUAAUUUUCCAAUUAAAAAUAUAAUAUCAAAGGUGUCUUUUGUCGGAUAAUUUCUGAAGAACCAUGUCUCUACCGAAAGCAGUUGGUAAAUUUAUAAUCGUGGGCUCGCAAGUAAUGAGCAGGGCUUUUAUUCAAGCCUACAAACAAAUGGUAGCGAAUGCCAGUCAGCAAAACACAGGUGCAAGCCAAGCAGGGAAUGCUGAAAAAGCUAAAGUGGCUCGACGAGGAGAAAUUACUAUGCGUGAAGCUGGUGACAUUUUAAACGUCAACACAGAUCCGUUAAACAAGGAAGAGUUAGAACAAAGGUUUCAACGGAUGUUUAAAAUCAAUGAUCCCAAGGCAGGAGGAUCUUUUUAUUUACAGAGCAAGGUAUUCCGUGCUCAUGAGAGACUUAUGGAAGAACUUAAACAAAACGAGCCAGAAGAGACGAAUGAAAAACAAGGACAGCAACCACAAACCUAAGGAUGGGGAGUUUGCUUGCGUGUGUCUAUUUAGCAAAGAAAACCGUUUUGGAGUGAGUUUACAUUUAUUGAGCAAAUGUAAACGAUAAAUAGUAUUACCGAGAUAAUGGGGAACCAUGAAUGAAAGAAUUUUAGCCUCGAAUCUGUAUAAUAAAGUUUACGAUUUCCCUACUCAGUUCACAUAGAAAUAGGAAACAAUACUGAUUUUGCUACGUCUUUUAAGAGUUAAUAGCAUCGAAUUGUCUUAUAUAUUGGUUUAAACACAAGUAAAAGAAGAUACCUAGGGCAGCGGCAAACAUAAAAGUUCUAAGUACAGUUGACAAGGAUAACUAAGUACAUAGCAAAUGGUGCGUG